AUGGACUUCUUCAGCGAGGUCCUUCAGGACCCAUGGAAGAUUGUAGCUGCAUUUGCACUUGCUCUCCUCGUACACUCUCUUUUGACAUUCAUUAAAACUCCAAAGAAUGCACCUCCCUUUUACAGGGAACAGCCGUACAUUCCGUGGUUAGGUAGUUUGGUCCAGUUCGCAACUGGCCCACGAGAAUUUCUCCAGAGGGCUGCAAAAGCCAAGGGUAAUUGCUUUACGAUCCAGCUCUUUGGACAGCAAAUGACUUUCUUGUCAGGUUCUGAGGGGCACCAGCAUUUCUUUCGUGCCAAGGAGAAAUCGUUCGAUAUAAGAGAGGCUUAUGCUAUGACAGUAAUCACAUUUGGGCCAGGGGUUUGCUACGAUUGUCCACAGAGUAAAAUGGCUCAGCAAUUUGCCUUUUUCAAGGAUGGCCUAUCAGAUGCGCGCUUCAUUGAAUACAUGGAGCUAGUUCAGGAUGAAGUUGCAACGUUUUUUGAUCAGGAAUGGGGCGACGAGGGAGAAGCAGAUUUGCUACAAAGUCUCUCUGAUCUGUAUACUCUAACGAGCUCUCGUUGCCUAUUGGGAGAAGAAAUUAAGAAGCGUUGGAAGUCUUCUGGAAUGGCUGAACACUACCUUGCCCUUGAUCACUCUUUUGUGCCUAUCUUGUUCUUCUUCCCAUCAUUGCCAAACCCACACAAGAACAAGUGUAUUAAUGCCCGAAAGCUCUUCACAAAGAUCUUUCAAGAAGUGAUCGACGAGAGAAAGGAAAAAAUGAAAGCCGACUCUGACUACAAACCACCGCAAGACUUUUUGCAAGUCCUUAUGGAGGCAAAGUACCGCGAUGGAAAGAGCUUGACAAUUACUGAGAUUACAGGUAUCUUGGUGGGAAUAUUGCUUGGGGGUCAACACACUUCAAACGUAACUGGAACUUGGUUAAUGUCUCAUCUCUUAAAAGAAAAGGAAUGGUUGGAAAAGGUGAUGGAGGAGCAAGACAGUAUCUUCAAGGACAAGGAAGGCAAACUUCACCCCGCUACCCUGAGUUUCGAGGAGGUACAAAAGAUGCCAAUAUUCGAUCAAGUUCUGUCAGAAACGCUCCGACUUCACCCUCCCUUCUUUCAGCUGUCGCGUGCCGUGAAGGAAGCUUCGACGUUUGGAGACUAUGUCAUCCCCGAGGGACAUAUCGUCAAUAUUUCUCCAGGUGCCGCGCAUCGCCUCCCAGAACUAUGGGGCGAGAACGCAGAAGACUUCAACCCAUCUCACUUUACUGCAGAGGCCAAGAAAGAACACAAACCAUAUUCUUGGAUUCCAUUUGGUGGAGGAAUGCAUCAGUGUGGAGGUCGUAAAUUUGCGUGGAAUUCGCUCAAAGUCAGUUUGACCUGGUUGCUUCGGAACUACGAACUUGAAUUUGUUGGGAAGGGUGCCGAAGAGCUUCCAAAGGAAGACUACACCACGAUGGUUGUGGCACCAACAAGUUCACACACUCGCGUCAAGUAUCGCCGACGCAAAAAUGCCUAA